UACUGCUCCUGCAGGCCAGAAUAGACUGUACAUACAGGCAGGCAGGCUGCAGGCAGAUUGGAGAGCACGUGACUGCAUGACUGUCACAUGACAGACAUUGUGUCCUUAGUGUCAGCUGUUAGCACAACAUAGCUGCUGGGUGCAAUCUUUUAUCAGAUAAACUGCAGAAAAUCCUGAACACGAUGGAUAUCCGCGGGGCUGUGGACGCUGCAGUCCCCACCAACAUCAUUGCUGCAAAGGCAGCAGAGGUUCGGGCUAAUCUGGUCAACUGGCAGUCCUAUCUUCAGAGUCAGAUGAUCUCUACAGAGGACUGUGAAUUCAUCAAGAAGUUUGAAAAGGCCAACUCGGAGGAGAAACAAAUGAUCUUGACCAAGGAGGGACAUCAGUGUGCAAAGACAUUCCUAAACUUGAUGGCUCACAUCUCCAAGGAGCAGACAGUCCAGUACAUCCUGACUCUGAUUGAUGACACUCUGCAGGAGAAUCAUCAGAGGGUGAUCAUCUUCUUUGAUUAUGCCAAGAAGACAAAAAAUACCCCCUGGUCCUACUUCCUUCCAAUGCUGAACCGUCAGGACCUCUUUACUGUCCACAUGGCGGCGAGGAUCAUCGCUAAACUGGCGGCUUGGGGCCGUGACCUGAUGGAGGGAAGUGAUCUGAACUAUUACUUUAACUGGAUCAAAAGUCAACUCAGUUCACAGAAUCUACACGGUACAGAAACAGGAGCAGGAACUAUUUCCCCCGGUGAAAGCUCUCAGUACGUCCAGUGUGUUGCUGGGUGUCUUCAGCUGAUGCUGAGGGUCAAUGAAUAUAGGUUUGCCUGGGUGGAAGCUGAUGGAGUCACCUGUAUCACAGCUGUGCUGAGCAACAAGUGUGGCUUCCAGCUCCAGUACCAGAUGAUCUUCUGCAUCUGGCUCCUGGCCUUCAGUCCUCAGCUCUGUGAACAGCUGAGACGUUACAACGUGGUGCCGGCCCUGUCCGACAUCCUCCAGGAGUCUGUCAAGGAGAAGGUCACACGGAUCAUUCUGGCUGCCUUCAGGAAUCUGCUGGAGAAGUCUGCAGAGAGGGAGACUCGCCAAGAGUACGCCCUGGCCAUGAUUCAGUGCAAGGUGCUGAAGCAGCUGGAAAAUCUUGAGCAGCAGAAGUACGACGAUGAGGACAUCACUGAUGACAUCAAGUUCCUGCUGGAGCGGCUGGGAGAGAGCGUCCAGGAUCUCAGCUCGUUCGACGAGUAUAGCUCAGAGCUCAAGUCCGGCCGCCUGGAGUGGAGUCCUGUGCACAAAUCUGAGAAGUUCUGGCGUGAAAACGCCAUCAGGCUGAACGAGAAGAACUAUGAGCUCCUCAAGAUCUUGACCAGGCUGUUAGAGGUUUCCGAUGACCCUCAAGUUAUCGCAGUGGCAGCUCACGACGUUGGAGAAUAUGUGCGACAUUAUCCACGUGGUAAACGGGUGAUCGAGCAGCUGGGUGGAAAGCAGCUGGUGAUGAAUCACAUGCACCACGAGGACCAGCUAGUUCGUUACAACGCCCUGCUUGCUGUGCAGAAGCUGAUGGUCCAUAACUGGGAGUAUCUGGGCAGACAGCUCCAGUCCACCGACCAGCAGCAGGCUCCCACUGUGGCAGCUCGAAGCUGAGCUCUUCCUCUGCUUCUGCUUCUAUGUUUGUGACUUAAUGUGUGGAUGAUCUUCGGAGCGGUGCUGAAAUCAGCGCAUCGGUUUGUGUAAUGAAUUCAAAAUCAAACGACGUUAUUCCCGCCUCCAGCAACCCCAACCCCCCAAAUGAUCCCGGAUGUUACCUGAUUUAUUUGUCGUGUUUCAUGUGCGCUUUGUGACGUGUUGAGGUUCAAGUUGCUCUUUGUGUCUGUGAAAAUGUACAAAACUGCAGGAUAUUUAAGUCUUACUUGUAAAAUGUUUGAAUUCCAAUAAAGAUGUUUAUCGUGG